AUGUCUACGAAUCAUCCACAGGAGGAGCAACAAUAUUUAUCUGCGACCCAGAUGAUGAAUAGCAAUAGUAACACACAACAGCAACAACAGAUGGCUACUCGUUUGAUCGUAUCCAAUGGAGGAGGAGAUAAUCAUCAGCAGCAACAACAACAAAUAUCUACAACAACAACAACAACCACGAGAAUAAUUCCUAAUAUUGUAUCAUCGGCAAGUGUAUUGUCUGAUCAUGAUGUUUGUUAUGAGAAAUUAUAUCCACAAUUAUCUUUGAAGGAUAGAGAAAAGGGAUUGUAUUACUUCUUUUAUGAAUUGUAUUUGUAUUUUGGAAAUGAUGAUGAUUUGGAAAAGAUGCCAACUCCAUCAACACACUCGAAACGAAACGUGUCUUCUUUGAAAGAACGAUUAUUUGGCAAGAUUUUCAAACAUUCAAAUAAGGGAAUGGUGUCAUUGGUGUGCCAUUUUAUAUUACUGGCUCAGUGGAUUACAUUGUUCACGGAUUUUCAUCUGCCAUGGCAUCGAUCAAAUGUAAAAUAUUUCAAAUACCUGUCAGUGAUUGGAAAUUUAAAGAUUUCUUAUUUGUGGGAUGAUGACUCGGAUUUUGUGGGAACACUUUUAGUACCAUUCCUAUUUGCAACAUUUGUUACUCUGACACUGUUAAUUUUGACUGGUUUUUGCUUUUACAAAUCUUGGAAAUCAUAUCAAUUUUUGAAAGGAACCAGAGAAGUGGAUUCUUAUGAAAAUAUUCAAGAUCAUCCUCAGAUGAUUAUAUUCAAACAAAGAAAUGAAAGGAAGAGAGUUGUGGCUUUUUGGUUAUUAUUUAAUUUAGUGGAAUUAUUACCUGCAAUGGUUAUUCCAGUGAGUCUUGGAUUUUUCAAUUCAAUCCAAUCUCUAAAUGUAUUUAUAUUAAUUCCAAGCUUAUUAUUGGUCUUUCCAUUCAUGAUUGUUUCAUAUGUUUAUCUGAUACAUUGUUACGAGUGGAGAUUUGAUCUGGGAAACAUGUGUGCAAAGAGUAACUCGAGAUUGGAUAUGAUUUUAUACUUUUCAUGUUUUGUUUCAUGCUUUGUUCAUAGCAUGUUUACUCACCCUAUUAUGAUUGUCAUUGCAAUGUUUGUGGACUUUUUCCUUGUCUUGAUAGUAUUGUCGGUGAGCAUACUUUUUGUCUCGUGGUACAAGACGGCUAUGAAUAUUGUUGCCUGUAUAAUGAUAUUCAGUUCUUUAUUUAUUUUGUCCAUAACAUCCAUGCUAGCAGUUUUGAAAGCAUUUAUUCCAUCCAUUGAAUAUAAUAAUGGAUUUUAUUCUGAGCUAACUAUUUUUGCAUUGGUUUUCAUUUGCAUAAUUAUUGGAUAUUGCUUUGCAAGAGUAAGAGUGGCAUUUAAUGAAAUUAUUGUGAGCGACCAAGCUCGUGCUGAAUAUUUAUUGAACAGUCAGAGAAAUGCAUUAAUUAUACCAAAAAGAGAUUUUGAGGUGGAAAUGUCAAUUAGAACUAUUGGAUGGAUAGCCAAUUUUUUCGAAUCCAAAACUAUCAACAGACCACCUGCAACCUCUGAGGAUGAAAUUAGAGAAAGAUUGGAAGAAACUAUGGAAAUUGAUCGAGUGGAUGAAAUGUUCCAACAUGCCAUGGAUCUUGAGCACAAUCUUUCACCAUUUGUUAAUUUGUCAUACUCUCAAUUUAAAAAGUAUGCAAAAAAUGAUCAAAGAUAUUCUGACAAUAUAUCCGAUACAUGUUCUACCUUAGAACAAGGUAUUGGUUUGAGUGUGAACUAUUGA